AUGAUGAUAUCUAUUCAACGCUCAAUAUGUCGACGAAUCUUGAUCAUAUGGCUGCUGAUUGCGGCCGUGAAGAUCGAGCGAAUUGCGGGGCAGGGGGUGAAUGGACGGCUUGAUAUUUUGACCGGAAAUAACGGCGAAAGCUCUUGUCAACUGAAAGACACCAUCUACAAAGCUUGUAAUACAACUCCGCCGUCUCUAUCCGAUCCCCAAACACCAACGCCCUGCACUUGCAACGUCAUCUUUUUCAAUAUCUGGUCUGCAUGCUCUUACAGCAGCGGGAAUAACACGCUACCCUUGCUUAAUGCAUGGCUAGCGCAAUGCAGCAGUAGCUCUAUCAACCUUGACCAAAGCUCGUCUCGAGCAGAGAGCGGCUCGAUAGGCAUCACCACACCGGCCUGGGCGGGCGCGGAUGUACCAGGGAACGGAGCCAUCGACCUCCAGAAGGCCGUCGUCCUCGUACACGAAGCCCCAAGGCCAUGGUCAAUCAUCCAAAUCAUCCUGCCCAUCGCCACGGCUCUGGCCACUGCCGUCCUCACCAUCGUCUUUGUGAAACUGUUCGGCCAAAGACUUCCGCAAUUUCGGUGGAGGUGGAGGCGCCUCUUAGAUAUCUUCCGACCAGUGCCCAAGGUCAAACCCGUUGACAAAGGUCUACUAGACAAUUCCUGGGAGAUCGAGCCCUCAGGCCCUCCCCAACCCAUGGGGCGGGAAUCUUUCGUCGUUGUGGAUAUGCCCUCGCCCGCCGAUACCACAGGAGAUACAGAACCUGCGUUCCGUUCGGUUAUUUCCUCCGAACCCCACGCAUGGUCCUUGGAGGCACAACAGGGAUCCCUGCCAUCCCAGAGCCAAGAUGCACUCCCUGGAGGGCGAGUGUAUCCCUUUGGUCCUUCAUCUGCGCAGCAGGUUCAAGCACAAACUUUAUUCGCCCCUCAACCAGUGCGUCCAGUGCCUGAGAGGAGUAGCUCGGGAGACUCGAGCAAUUCAUCCGGUUCGGGCUCGUGGCGUCUUCCAGGAUCGCUGAGGAACAUGCACAUCCCUGUACCGUGGAAGCGCCGCCCUGUUCCCGUUCGGCAGGUCCCACCGACGAGAAGGUGGCGAGUGGACGGCCCCGAUAGCAGCAGCACCGAAGGCUCAUCCAAUCGGCAUUCAGCUUCGACUCAAAGCGGAACAAGAGCCGGUCAUGGUUCAAGACUUAGUACGGGUGGGGUAUCCACGAUCGAGGAGCACGAGGAAGAAGGCAGUCUCUAUAGGCAUUCGGACGAUGGCGAAGAUUCGAGCCUCAUUCCCAGGCAGUUCCACGCCGACAGAACAAGCUUUUUGGCAGACAGGAGCAGCAACACUCAUUCUACGUCAAUAAACUCGCAUAUCAAGAUUAUAUCGCCUUCUGUUACGACGGAUUCAGAUACACCAAGACAUACUCUCAUUGGAAGCUCUAAGACGCCCUUCAAUAUAUCUAUGCCGCCCCCUCCCAUCCCUCCUGUUCCCAAUCAUCCAGCGCCUCCAGCGCCUUUUAUGCCUCGAAAACCGACACUGAGGGAACGCGACAGCGAAGACUUCAUGUUCGGCCAACCUAUGAACCCCGCUCAGCAUGCCAUGGGAAUUAUCCUUGAGGAGCAAUUUAGCGACUCUGGACGCAGCAUGAGAGGGACGCCGUCACCCCCGGCGCCGUUGAGACCUAUUCAGGCGCCAAGCAGCGAUUUUGGGCGGUCCUCGCCUGCUCUAAACCUCCAACGGAUACCAUCGAACGAGCAACCGUGGCCUUCAGGAGCGAUCCCAGUGCAGCGCAGCCAACAACAUACCCCUCAACAAUCGUUUUCAAGUUCAGCCCCCCUCUCUCAUAGCAGAGGAGGGUCGAACGAACGGGCAGCACUACCAACCCCUCCCAUCCAUGGCACGCAACAUCUCGCUAAGAAACCAUCGACCGAAAAUCCACGUCCUCUUCCCUCAUCCCCGCCUCCCAACGUUACGAGUUUCCGGCUGCCUCAAGAUACCCUCCACUCGCGCGAUCGCUCCGGGUCCAGCGCACAUUCCCAAAUUUCACGAAAAAUGUCCAACGACUCGGAUCUCUCCAUGUAUGUGGACCCGUUCACACCCUCUAGUGCGCAUCGUCGGGGUCUAUCCGCGGAUGACACCUCGAGCUUCUACUUGACACCAGACCCGCCGGCAAGGAGUGUGACGCCGUCGAGAGGCGACCCAGUGAUGCUCUUCCCGGGGGCGGUGCGGGGGGCGGGUUAUCAAGGUUACGCUGGCAUGGGUGAACCGUUUUGA